ACUGCUGGAGAUUCCGACAUCGCAUAACACAGAUUGUGGCAUUCUCCCUGAGCACGGCGUACACUUUUCUCUCGUUUUUAUUAAUUCGAAUUGAAGAUAUACCAGAAAUGAGAAGGUGCGGGAACGGCUUCGUGUUGAAUUCCAACUUGUUCAUGAUUCUGAUGGUAACAGUUCUAUGCACAUGUACGAUUUCUAAGCCUCGUCGUGAUAAAUACGGAGCUAACCGCGGAGGCCAUGGAGGCUCUGAUGACCUUAACAAACAUGAACUGAGAAGUACUGGCUCGAUAACACACCAGCCUCCUAAAGUAGAUGAAGGUUAUGAGGAAAAAAGCCAGAAGUAUGAAUGUGACAAUCCAAAAACCGGUGCCGGGAAGGAAACUGGAAAGGGGUCUGGUGGGAUUGCGGACGAGCGCGGCACAGAAAAAAAAGAAAAAUGUCCCAGCGGAAAUGAAUCUGACAUAACAGAACAGCAAAAUAAAACAAGUGAAGAAGAUACUGCAAACAAAGCAGAAACAAGACCUGCCGAAGAUAAGCAUGGCGCUGGGAACGAAAAUGAAAUGAAAGUUACAGAAAAAUGUAAUAACGAUCCAGAAGCUACCGUAGAGCAGGGACAUCUCGGCACAGGGGAGGACAGAAGAAUUAUAGAGGAAAAAGCAGCAGUGGAACCAUGCCAAAACAUCUGGAUGCCUGUUUUCUUCGUAAUAUCAGUGAUAGUGGGAAUAUCUGCUGUAGGUUUGUUGUCUAGCUACUGGAUCAGAACUAAACGUUUUAAGCUCGGUAAUGAACGAGCUGAAGGUGAAAAUGACAGCACUGCUGGACCCGACAUAACAGAUACUGGUCGACCACAAACAGCUUUGAGCAAGGCGAAGAAAUCUGCACGUGGGAUUCUUCAAUACAAAUAUAAUCUCCGAGAUCAAAGUAGAAAAAUGAAAAUGCCAAAGUUACGUUUAAUUUCUGACAUCUAUACUGACCCACUGAUUAUCCUGACACCCUUUGAGCAUGAGGAUGAAAAAGGAGGAAGUCGUAAUCACGUUCAGGAAGUUCAGAUCAAUGAAUUAUUGAAAAGAAACAGCAGUGAUUCCGAUAAGACCAGCAUCAGCGUCGUCUAUGGGGCUGCAGGGACAGGGAAAACCACUCUAUUACAGAAGAUAAUCCACGACUGGGCCACGGGAAUGAAAUACCAUCAGUUCAGAUUUGUCCUUCAUUUUAAAAUUCAGAAUUUAAACGCAAUAGAAGGAAAAAUAACGUUAAGUAGAUUGAUAAUUGAUGCAUAUCCUGACUUGGAAAAUUACCUGGAUCAUUUGUGGAUGGAACCCAAACGCUUAUUAUUUAUAAUUGAUGAUUUGGACCAAUUGCAUCGACCCUUUAUUUUCUCUGAUGUUGAAAGAAAUAGAGAUCUACAAUAUAGAUGUACCGGACCACAGUCUAAUUGUUUAGUAAACGACAUCCUACGCAGCCUCCUUCAGGGACAGUUUCUCAAAGGCUGCUCAGUGCUGAUUACUUCCCGGCUUUGGAAGCAGGAGACGCUACAUCAUGUAACAGUAGAUUCAACUUUGCAAGUCAUGGGAUUCACUUCUGAGAAAGUGCGGGCAUAUUUUUGCCGUUAUCUACGCCAUGAGCAAUACGCAAAAUGUAUUGUACAAUUCAAUGAGCAGAAUGACAUAUUGCGAAACAUGUGUAGUAGCCCUCUAUUUUGUGUCACUCUCGCCUCGUCUCUGGAGUGUCACCAACCACAAAGAGAAGAAGAAACAACAAUGCCCGUUAUAAACCAUACCCAGCUGCUCUUUGACUAUGUACUGCUCCUUCUCAGAGCAUGUGGAUAUGACGACAACACAACCAAGAAGUGUUUAAUUGAAGUCGGCGCAUUAGCCUACAAAGCAAUUAGGCGUAACUCACUACUAUUUUCGAUGGAAGCUGAUGAAUUAAGCGAUCUAAAUCUUUGCCCUCCCAAUUUAACCUCGACCUUUAUGAUCCAGGAUACGGACAAACAAAGUUGUGGUGCUGUUUACGGAUUCAGGCAUUCUGUUGUACGAGACUUUCUUGCUGCAUUUGCGAACAUAUUAUGCACUCCAAUACCUCGACUAAAAGGUUUACUUGAUGAAACGUUUUUGGACACUGAUGGCAGAUUCAGGAGCUUUUUACUUUUUCUUGUUGGCCUGUCUUCACGGAAUUCAAUUGAUCGCCUGAAGUUGGAAAUGGGUACAGACCGUUUUGAGGUCACUUCCUGUAUCUCCGAAUGGCUUACAAAAAAUGUCAAAAGACGACUAAUGAACAUGGAUGGGAGGUCUACACAACGCACGUUUUUACAUACACUGUACUGCUUACUUGAAUUUGGUGAUAAUCAAAUAACGAAAGAAGUGCUGACUCCCAUUUCAGCAAUUAAAUUAAAUAAACUCUUUCUCACAUCUCCCGACUGCACAGUUUUAUCCAGAACAUUAAUCUAUACUGAGGUGAUUGAGGAGCUGGAUCUCAGUUCAUGCCUUGCACGGCCAGAGGAAAUAAAGCAACUGGGACACCUGCUGCAGAAGUGUGUAAUUCUCAGAUUGAAUCAAAAUAACUUAGAAGACUCCGGAGUGAAACCACUCUUCAAUAUUCUGAAGGAAAACGACUGUAAAAUACAAACGUUGGAGCUGCGAUCCAACCAUUUAACAGAUGAUUGUCUACAGACUCUUUUCUCCACACUCAGUACAAAUCAUUCGGUAACGCAGCUGAACCUGAGCAAUUCCAGUCAGGAUGAGAAGCACGCCAAUCAGUUUAGUCUUGAAAGUCUGCACCGUCAUGUGGAUAAUUACGCUCAACAGAAAGAAAUCAGGUGGCUACGCUAUGAACCUGUUGGACAGGAAACUGCAUCAAACGUUUUAAUCUUAAUAACGGACUGAACGUAAAAAAAGGUUACAUUUAUUUACAUGAAUGCAAGUACUCCGUUGUAGAUGCGAUGCAAUUUUUUAUGAACAAUUCAGUUUACUGCAGAUUGAGGAUAAUGCCAGGGUGUUUGAUCACGGUAGGGAUAAGAAAAGACAGAUGCAGGCAAUUCCUCAGAAACAUCCGCUUGUUUGCUUGAUCUCAAAGAUAUUCUGCACUGCUUUCCAACUUUACUUGAUGCAUUAUAAAAUAACAACGGUGGGUAGAAAUGUGAUGUAAAGUACAUCAUACUAGAAACCAAUAAUAACAUGAGACUUCCAUGAAUAUUGGAAUGUUGCCACGAUGCUGGAGAGCAGCAAAAUCUGAAAAAUCGAUUCGCUCCAUGCUACAUUACAUUUUCUGAUGCAACCGUUUGAUCAGUGAUACUGUAUGUAUGCAAAAUAAGCCGAUACAAAUUUUGGUAGCAUACCAUUAUCGUUGCUGGGUCUCAUCAUCGGAAUGCUGCGUUAUAAGAUCCAGUCAUCCAGCAGCAGGGACGUUCCUCGCAAUUGUGCGUUCGUAUUAAAUGCUGAAUAUGAAAUGAGAUAUUACCUGCAAAUUCACUAUUUCCCAAUGGUCUCCCUAUGAAAAUACAUAUAAACCAGUGCAUUCUUCAA